AUGACCACAAACUCUGACCAAGUCGUUACCUUAUCGCAAUUAAACUCAUCAAACAAGUUACUUAAUACUUCGAAACCAGUGGUUUGGAAGGAAUUUGGAAACUACCUUGAUAAAUCUGUUGAGAUUAAACAAUCAUCAUUUUCGUCAGAUGAUAAUGAAACAAAUCAAGCAAGCUCAAACAGUAUUAAUAACUUUCUAGAUAUAAAUUUCAAUUCGAACCAAUCUAUAUUAUCACAGACUGUGCAAUAUAAAAUCUGUACAUCCUGCCAACGACCAAUAGGAUUAGCAAGUCUUCUGCUGCAUUAUCAAAAGUGUAUCGAAAUGAAACAAAAAAGGCAACAAGAACAAGCUGAUAUUGCCCUUCAAGAUGCUGCCACUAACGGCACUGCAAACAACAACAACAACAACAGCAGCAGCAGCAGCAACAGCACUUCUACUAACAAGAAAAAGAGAGGAAGAAAUGGCGCUCUAGGUGAUGGCUUGGAUAUCUCAUCAUCCGUGGAUAGUUCCAGAAACAAUACACCUGCGCCACCUGGAGGUAACGCAAGUGGUGGAGAAGGUGUAAGCCACAAUAACGCUAACCAAACGAGACCCAAAAAGAAGUAUAAAAAAUCACAAGCUCAAAAGCAAAAAGAAGCUGCUAAUGCAGCAGCUGCCGCCGCCGCAGCAGCUGCUGCGGGAACUACAUCAGCAACAGCAUCAGCAACGGCACCUACCACUUCAACAUCAAAUUCUAUGGCUGCUAAUACUGCCUCCGGCGCUUCUGCCACUACAGGUACUUCUACAACUGUACCAAAAACUGCACCAGAUAAACCUCCAAAGAAGACAAAGAAAGGAAGCACUGCUUCGUCGCAAACUCAACAAGCAAAUGCAAAAAACUCUCAGCUGCCGCUGCAACUGCAACUGCAACUGCAACUGCACGCACUGCUGAAAUCCAAACAACUGGUUAAACCCAAAGGUCCAGUGGAUGUUGAGAAGCAAUGUGGUGUUGCACUUCCCUCGGGCGGUUUAUGUGCACGUUCACUAACUUGUAAAACCCAUUCUAUGGGUGCUAAAAGAGCAGUCUUGGGUAGGUCUGCUCCAUACGAUGUCUUAUUACAACAGUAUCAGAAACGAAACCAGGCCAAGAUUGCACAAAACAAUGCCUUGGCUGCUCAGCGUAGAGAGAAUGCCGCGUUCAAUGAUGACGGAUCCGAUGUCAAUCUCAAUAAUGCUAAUAAAGUAUUGGACCCCGAUGAGGAAACACAUUUAGUAUUAGAGGGUUUAUCAAAAAACAAUCCGAUACCUUUAGAAAGGAAGAUCAUGAUGCCUGUACGGUAUAGACAUCGAUUUUUACAAGCUAGAGAAUUUUAUGCAAAUGCAUUGAUUGUAUCUGCUCAACACACACAACAACAACAACAGCAGCAGCAGCAACAACAACAGCAGCAGCAACAACAACAGCAGCAACAACAGCAACAAGGAAGUGCUGGUGGUGCACUGGGAGAACAAACUUUGGCCAAUCAAGCUAUAUCCGGUUCCAUUGGUGGUAUGCAAGGUAGAUGUGCAUUGAUCAAUGUUGAUGCUCCGGUCAACCCAAACUCAGAUUCACAAACUCAACUGUUUAGUGCAAUACUGGGAGAAAUGUAUCAAGUGCGAGCACCCUCGAAGGCAAUCUUAACAACUGCUCAGUAUAAUAAUUUGCAGCAUCAAGCAUUCCAGCAGCAAGUAAUGAAGCUUCAACAAAAGCAACAACAGCAGCAGCAACAACAACAACAGCUAGCCCAACGAUCGCAAAGGCCACCUUCAGCUAGCGUACAGCAAUAA